AGGAUUUUUGUGCCGUCUGAAUAGUGCGAGAGAAAGCGGACCGAGUCAUCAGUUACAGCUGCUCACAGGGUUUAGGCUAUUUAAAGGGAGAUUAACCAGGAGAACAUGAGGAACGUUCUCAUCGACCUGAGUCUCUUAUUCAUUGCCAGUCAGGUGGGAGCGCGUACGGUGCAGAACUCCACAGAUCUACAGACUGGGGUGAACGUGACCGGUACAGAAAGUCUGGAGGAUGCGGUGUCUGUGUCAGAGAUAAGAUCCAGGAGGAAGCGAUAUAUUUCUCAGAGCGAUAUGUUGGCCAUCGUUGAUUAUCACAAUCAGGUGCGAGCUCGAGUGUUUCCUCCAGCAGCCAACAUGGAGUACAUGGUGUGGGAUGAGUCUCUGGCGCGUUCAGCUGAGUCCUGGGCUGCCACCUGUAUCUGGGAUCACGGACCUCCAUAUCUACUCCGAUACCUCGGCCAGAAUCUCUCCGUCCGCACGGGCAAUUACCGCUCAAUACUGCAGCUGGUGAAACCCUGGUUCGACGAGGUGAAGGAUUACGUGUUCCCGUACCCUCAUCACUGCAGUCCCACCUGCCCCAUGCGCUGUCUCGGACCCAUGUGCACACAUUACACACAGAUGGUCUGGGGGACGACGAACCGCGUGGGCUGUGCGGUUCAGGUGUGUUACAACAUGGUGGUGUGGGGAUCAGUGUGGAGGCAAGCGACCUACCUGGUCUGUGAUUAUUCCCCAAAGGGGAACUGGAUAGGUGAGGCGCCCUACAAAGUGGGCGUCCCGUGUUCGGCGUGUCCCCCAAGCUACGGAGGAUCGUGUAGGGACAACAUGUGCUUCCCGUCACUCAACUCCAACUUCAUGUACUGGUUUAAGUGAGCUGCUAUUGUAGAGUCGAAUCACACACACACACACACACACACACAUCUUCUAGUAUUUAUAGAGUAUUGACAGUAAGUUCUGUACAUAAUCAGGAGAACCUGCUAUGAUUUACACGUAACUUCCUCCUCCAGAAACGGUGCUGAUGUUAAAACAGUCUGUACGCAGGACGCCUCAUGACUGCACGUCAUCAUAUUGAUGCUCUGAAUAGUGAACGUGUGCGUUCCUGUGUGGUCGAGGCCACGUGCGACAUUUCUAUAAAGCGUUUCAGUCUGUUGUAGAUUUUACAUCCAGAUAUGAUUUCUGAAUAUCUGUUACUCGGAUGUCAGGAGAAACGGUGCUUCAGUAACACUCAACCAGGUUAAGCAUCAGGUGUACACACACACACACACACACACACACACGCACACACACACACCUCCUGAUAUUUUAAACUCACAACAUUUCAGUGGAUUAUUUAUUGGGACUGUUGUUCAUUAGUUCUGCUCUUCUUGUUCUGGAUCUCAAAGAAGAAAUCAGAUCUUUUAUUAUUAUUAUUAUUAUUAUUAUUAUUUGAAGCGGUCUGACAGCUUUGUACACUCACUCCUCCUCGAACAAAUGUCAAAUAUUAUUACAAAUGUCAUCCAGGAAAAACAGCCUCUUCUUGCAGGGUGUUUUUUUUUAUUUUUAUCUCUGCCGUACAGCGCCAUCACCUGGACAGGAAGUGUACUGCUUUUGUGUACUUGUGAUGUUCAGGUGCUGGUCCUUCAUCGACUCACACAAAUCCACAGCACACUUUCUGCUCAAUAGACUCAUCACUCAGGCUGGACUGCACUGAAGAUGUACAUAUAUAUACUGUAUAUAUUUUUGGAUUUAUUUUAUUACCUUGUCCAUGUAUGAUUUGGAUUUUAUACUCAAUAAAGAGGUUCUGUAUUCUCUAGAAA